AAUAUAGUAUAAAAUAUAUAGCGCCCAUUGUCCUCUGAGCAUCUAACCCAUUACACUCUAAUUCCGGCUACCCCCACACCACCGUCUCAGUUAAAACAUUCACGAAGUGAAAGUAGUUGCAGGCGGUGCUCUCACGCCGACUGCGGCGUCGCCCGUUUAAGUAACAAUGGAUAACGAAAUUCAAAGGAAGCUACUUAGACAUGGCGAGGAGGAAACCGAAGGCGACUUAAAAAAAAGGGUAUGGAUUGAAUCCAAGAAGAUAUGGAGGGUUGCAUUGCCGAGUAUGAUAUCAAGGGUUUGUGCAUUCGGAACUCUUGUUAUAACUCAAUCAUUCAUCGGCCAUAUAAGCAACGUCGAUCUUGCUGGCUACGCGCUUGUCCAAACCCUAAGUGUCCGGUUUAUCAAUGGAAUACUUUUGGGAAUGUCAAGUGCAACUGAAACGCUUUGUGGCCAAGCAUUCGGAGCGGGGCAACACCAUAUGAUGGCAAUUUACUUGCAACGAUCUUGGAUCAUCGACUUAAUUACUUUGACAAUUUUGCUCCCAGUUUUCAUCUUCGGGACACAAUUAUACAGACUCCUCGGUGAAGAUGAAGCCAUAGCCGUGAGCGGUGGGUACAUAUCUCUAUGGUUCAUCCCGUUCAUCUACAACUUCGUGUUUACGUUGACAAUACAAAUGUUUCUACAAGCACAAUUAAAGAAUAUAGUAAUCGCAUGGCUUUCCAUCUUCAGACUCGCAAUCCACGUCCCUUUGUCGUGGCUUCUGGUGUUUAAGCUAAGCUUUGGAGUUCCAGGCGCGAUGGUUGCAUUGUUAGUAUCGUCCUGGUUUCUUGUGGCUGCUGAAUUUAUCUACAUUUUUGGAGGUUGGUGUCCUUAUUCGUGGAAAGGGUUCACAGUUGCUGCGUUUAAUGACUUGUAUCCUGUUGUGAAGCUCUCGUUAUCUUCUGGUGUUAUGGUGUGCUUGGAGCUAUGGUACAAUGCUGUGCUAGUCUUACUUGCAGGAUACAUGCCAAAUGCAGAAGUUGCCAUUUCUGCCUUCUCGAUAUGCUUGAACAUUAAUGCAUGGGAGUUUAUGAUAAGCAUGGGAUUCUUAGGCGCUGCAUGUGUGCGGAUUGCAAAUGAACUUGGAAGAGGAAAUGCUAAAGCUGCAAAGUUCUCUAUUAAAGUGUUGUUGGGAACUUCCAUUGCGAUAGGAACAUUCUUUUUUGUUCUUUUCUUGGUGUUUCGCAAAAAACUCGCUUACUUCUUUACAGAUGAUGAAAGAGUUGCAGAUACUGUUGAGGAUCUUUCUUUAUUACUUUCGCUUUCCGUAUUGGUGAACAGUAUUUAUCCAGUUCUUUCAGGUAUGGCAAUUGGAGCUGGAAUGCAGGGUAUUGUAGCAAUUGUCAACCUUGUUUGCUUUUAUGUGAUUGGCAUACCAAUGGGAGCUUUGCUCGGAUAUUUGACAAAUCUCCAAGUAAAGGGUAUAUGGAUUGGAAUGAUUGGUGGCAUUGUAACUCAAACGCUUGUGCUUUUGUAUUUGGCAUGGAGAAUAGACUGGGAUGAUCAGGUUAAGAAAGCUGGGGAACGGCUCAACAGGUUCUAUGUGAGAUCUUCAGACAACACAGAGCAGGUUUCUGACUGAUCAGGAUAGAUCAAAAGAUUUUUGUAAGUAGUAUUUUCUAGGUCCAUAUUAUAUGUAUGGUAGUUUAAGUUGUUAGAAUUCUUAUGAUUGCUUAGACAAGGGCUUAGGCCAUUUUUAGUUACUCAAACUCUUAUGGGUGUUCUAAUUUGAUCAUUAUACUUUGUUUAAGCUAUCAUUGGUGAUUUAACAUUUUAUUUUUGUU